GUUUCAUUUUGGCUCUUACGUGCUGUGGUCACUUUGCGAUGCCCCCCGGUGAAGAUUGCAUCAGAUUUGUACUACGUGCACUUGGAUCAGUGGAUCGAGACGAGUACAUUGGGUGUGGCUGAGGAACCGUCAGGUCUCAUACCCAAACAGAACGAUCAAGAUUCUAUGCGUCCAACGAUUUAUAGUCCACAGCGUGCGGAGACGACGGAUGGCGAAAUAGCAGCACGAUUCCAACUGGGUGAACGUCGAUAUCCAAGUCAAGUCAAGAGUGCACUUUAUUCAUCCAAUGUGGACAGAAUUUUCCGUGAAAAGAAUGUUAUCGCUUUUGCUUUGGUAUGCGCGCUAUUAAAAAUGAGCUUAGAGAUGUGA